AUUAAAGUGGUUUUAGCCCAGGGUUGCAUUUAAUCAUACAAACAGGAAGUUCUCUCAAACUCGAGUCAAGUAUUUUCUCCUCCCUCUCUUCCCCUGCGCCGCUCGUUUUCUGCUCUUCUACAACCAGUCUUUCUCUAUACCUUCCCGUUGCUUUCGUUCUUGGCCAUCGCGUCUGCAUGAGUCGUGCUCUUCAAGCUAGGUGAAGGUUCUCAUACGGGAUUCAGAAAAUGGAUGAGUCUAUGAAGCAGUUUCAGCAAAGCUUGGUUGAGCUUGAAAUUGAAGCGGAGAAACUCCUUUUAACCCGACAUCAGGUGGUUGAAAAUGAUAAAAUGAGGAAUGGGAACAGGGAAGCACUUACUGCGCUGAGAAAGAGAGCGCGGACCACGAAAACUAGUGUUCCUUCUCCUUUUGAGUCAAUGAUGAAGGAUAUUGGGCGGUCUGCAUCAAGGCCUUUGGUGAAGGAGGUAUGUGCAACCUGUGGCAACCAUAACUCAGAUGAGCGCACAUGGAUGAUGUUCCAAGGAACUGAUGUCUUUGCUAGUAUACCAUUUCAUGCUGUUCAUACCAUCUUGGAGACAGACCAAGAAAAACUUGAAUUUGAGGCUAAAAAACUACACAGCUUUGUAAAGGAGAAGUCCUUUCUGAUUUCAGAAAAAGGUGCCCUUGCUGACAAGAUUAGUCCUGGUGUGCUCAAAUCUUUGGUAACCUUAACAGACAAACCAAAAUGAUGACAUAUGCAGAAAUUUCUCUCCUGAAGACUCUGGCC